AUGGAAAAGCCUGACCCUAUGACCGAAGCGUUUAUCUGUGAAAUGGGUCUCGAGGAUGCAAAGAGAAACGAGCUACUAUCAGACGUGUUGGUUGAAGUGAAGUGCGUCAACUGCAACAAGCCUGGCCACCGUGCUCGUGACUACCAGCAGCCUCGGGUGAACAGUAUCGAGCGCCGCAACUGCAGGUUCCCUGAGCACAAGACAUCUGAAUGCAUGGCCCUGCAACCAAGUUUCAGCAUUGAGGAAAAGGGCGGGAUUAUGGGCGUGCUGAGCCUGGGCUUUGACUUGCCGCAACGCAGCAAGUAUGGACUAGGGCAACUUCGACCAAGCUUUUGGGACCCCGAGCGGGACAAGAACCGCGGGAACAAUUAG